AUGGCGCCGCUGAUCGACGACGUCACCGCCGAGAUCCUCCUCCGCCUCCCGCCGGACGAGCCGGAGCACCUCUUCCGCGCCGCCCUCGUCUGCAAGCCCUGGCCCCGCAUCCUCUGCGACCCUGGCUUCCUCCGCCGCUACCGCGCCUUCCACGGCGCCCCUCCCCUCCUCGGCCUCCUCCACAGGCUCAGGGUGAUCGACGGGGACGCGCCCGCCCGCUUCGCCUCCACCACGUCGGCGCCGGACUUCCCCCACCCGAGCUCCGACGGCCGCCGCACGCGCCCCCUCGACUGCCGCCACGGCCGCGUCCUCGACCCCGUCACCGGAGACCGACACGCCAUCCCCGCGCCGGACAUCGAGUGGCUCAUCGAGUCCGCGGCGGUGCUCUGCGCCGCCGACGGCUGCGACCACCUCGACUGCCACGGCGGCCCGUUCAGGGUGCUCUUCGUCGCCACCCAUGACUACAAGGACACCAUAUGCGCGAGUGUCUACUCGUCGGAGACGGGGGCUUGGAGCGAGCCGGUGUGCCUCGACAACAGUUGUGCAUGCUUUGCAAAGCACAUGCGAGAGGGAGAAGUAUAUAGACGCUACUACACACCCUAUCUCCACCCUAAGCGAGGCACCCUUGUCGGAGAUGCAGUCUACUUCACGGUUCGGCUGGGUAACGCAAUCAUCAAGUAUGACUUGGGCAAGAACAGCAUAUCCAUGAUUGACCCGCCGCCCCACACCAUGUACUACAUUGCCCUCAUGGCCAUGGAGGAGAAUUCACUUGGCUUUGCCUACAUUAUGGAUUCCAGCCUCGAUAUCUGGUCAAGGAAGGUGGAUAGGGAAGGACCUGCUGAAUGGGUACAAUACAGGGUCAUCGAACUGGAGAAAACGAUACCUGUUGCCAAACAAGAUGAGAAGCCAAUUGUUGUUGGGUCUGCAGAGGGUGUGGGUGUCAUCUUCGUAUGCACAGGUGCUGGCUUAUUUAUGAUCAAGCUCAGCUCUGGGCAGGUUAAGAAGGUUGAUGAGCCUGGGGUCUACUUUAGCGUCCUACCCUACUUGAGCUUCUACACUCCAGACCAGGACGGGGCCCUGUUCUUCUACAAAACGUUGGCUGUUGGUAUGAUUUGUGUAGCUAGAGUUAGGUUUUCGUUGUCUGAGAUGCAGAAAUGGAUUAUUUGCUGCAAUAUUCCAACUGGCAGGAAGGGAAAUGAACUUGAUCGGGCGCUGGCCCUGUGGCUUACUAUUGCACUUCAUUUGCUUGCAUUGAUGUACCCCUGUGCUUCAAUGUGCUGGGGACGUAGUGUCUUUUUGUUUAUGAUGACUGUUCUAGAGCAGCCACGUAAUUUAGAUGUCAGUGCUUUUUAG